UGCAGGGACUCUGAAGGCAGCAGGAUGGCAGUACGUGGACUGAUCCUGCUUACUGCUCUGGCCCUUGCAUCAGGAGCUGACGAUUUAAAGUUCACCGACUGCAAGGCGUUGCCAGCGGGAAUGAAAACCAAGAGUGCGACUACGAACCACCCGUACCAAUUGACAGCAGCUGCGCCCAACAAUGGCAGCAUUGAAGUGACGGUUAUCGGGAGUAUGUUCAAGUAUUUCCGCAUCGUGGCCAUGGAACAGGGGAAAGAGACUAUGCCAAAAGGGUCGUUCAUGCUCGCUCCCGACGCAAAAGCCAUGCUCAUGGAUUGUGGUGCGAUGAAAAUGGCCGCUGUAGGUCAACAAGGAUCCGGCUGAUGACAUGACCCCGCCCUUCACUGUCAUGUGGAAAGCCAUGUCUGGUUAUGAAGGUGCUCUGAAGUUCAAGUUGACCGUCAUUGAAAACGCCACCAUGUUCUACGAGGCAGAAUCCGGGGAGCAAACGAUCCCCAAG